AUGCAAUUGACUGCAAGCAUCUUUACUCUCCUGGCAGUUGCCACCUUUUCAUCUGUUCAGGCAGCUCCUGCCAAGGACAUCAUUCCUCCUGUCUCCACUGUUCCUGUCUCCAAGACUGCCCGGUUCACCAUGGCCUCGAACCCUAACUUCCAGCCUAAUGCAACUCGCUCUGUAUUCAAGGCUCGUAGCAAGUACUUCAAGUACAUCGAAGGCCCUGUUACUUUUUCCUCUGGUGUUGGUGUUGUACCUGUAGUUGACUACGCCAAUGAUAUUGAAUAUUAUGGCACCGUUAAAAUUGGAACUCCCGCUCAGUCAUUGAAGUUGAACUUUGACACCGGUUCCGCGGAUCUCUGGUUUGCUUCCACUCUUUGCACUUCUUGCGGAUCUACCCAGACAAAGUUCAAUCCUAACAAGUCCUCCACUUACCAGUCUAGUACCAAGACUUGGUCCAUCGGCUAUGGUGAUGGAUCCAAUGCCAGUGGUGUUGUUGGUUAUGACACUGUCAAUCUUGGUGGCAUUUCUAUCCCUAACCAGGGUAUCGAGCUUGCCAAGAAAGAGUCCUCCUCUUUCCAGAGUGAUCCUAUCGAUGGUCUCGUUGGACUUGCUUUCGGAUCCAUUAUUACUGCCAAGGGUGUCAAGACUCCUAUGGAAAACAUGAUGAGUCAGAACCUGAUUGAUAGUCCUGUAUUUGGUGUCUGGCUCGGAAAGCAAUCAAAUGGAGGAGGAGGAGAAUAUAUGUUUGGUGGCUACAACUCUGCUCACAUUGCUGGUACUUUGACAACUGUCCCCAUUGACAGCUCCCAAGGCUUCUGGAGCAUUAACGUCAGUGGCACUACUGCUGGUACUACCAGCUCUGUUAGUAGCCUUGGUUCUUUCAGCGGUAUUCUUGACACCGGAACUACCCUUAUGCUCUUUACCAACACAAUGGCUACCAAGGUUGCCAAGGUCUAUGGCGCUACUGACAAUGGUGAUGGUACCUAUGACAUCAACUGUAACACCUCCAAAUUUGCCCCUUUGUCAUUCACCAUCAACGGUGCCAAGUUCAGUAUCCCUCCAGCUGACUUGAUCUAUUACCGUAGUAGCAGUCGUUGUAUUGCCGGUUUUGGCUACGCUGAUCUGCCCUUUGCUAUUCUUGGUGAUGUCUUCCUUAAGAACAACUACGUUGUCUUUAAUCAGCAGGUUCCUAAUGUCAGAAUCGCUCCUUCCAAGUAA